UCUCGUGCUUUUAAGGGAAAAAAUAAACUUUCGCGAUAUUCACAGAGACUGAUACAAAAUCGCAUUUUAGAGAGAGAGAGAGCGGAGAAGGAGAGGAAGAAGUGUGAUUGAGAUCUAGAUCGCUCUCCACCUGUGAAGCCAUGGCGAGAGGAACUCUCGCUUUUCAGCUAUGGAUCUGUUUAUGUGCUCUGCUCUUAUGCCAUGUUCAUUGCUUUUACCUCCCUGGUGUCGCUCCUCAGGAUUUUCAGAAGGGGGAUUCGUUGAAGGUGAAAGUUAACAAAUUGACAUCUACAAAAACUCAGCUGCCUUACUCGUACUAUUCCCUCCCGUACUGUACUCCAAAACAAAUAGUUGACAGUGCAGAGAAUCUUGGGGAAGUUCUCCGUGGUGACCGAAUUGAAAACUCUCCUUAUGAGUUUAAAAUGAGAGAACCACAGAUGUGCAAUAUUCUGUGCCGUAUUACUCUUAAUGCGAAAACUGCCAAGGCAUUCAAGGAAAAGAUAGAUGAUGAGUACAGGGUGAACAUGAUUCUGGAUAAUCUACCCCUGGUUGUUCCCAUUCGAAGAAUUGAUAUAGAAUCUUCCAUCGUGUAUCAACAUGGCUAUCAUAUUGGUCUUAGGGGACAGUAUGCUGGGAGCAAAGAGGAAAAACAUUUUAUUCACAAUCACUUAGCAUUUACAGUCAAAUAUCACAGAGAUCCUGUAACAGAAUUAGCAAGGAUUGUAGGAUUUGAGGUCAAACCAUACAGUGUCAAGCAUGCCUAUGAUGGUAAGUGGACUGAGAAGACUACGCGCCUAUCAACAUGUGAUCCUCACUCAAGAAAAACAGUUACAAACUCUGAAACUCCUCAGGAGGUUGAGGAUAAGAAGGAAAUCAUAUUUACUUAUGAUAUUGACUUCGUGGAGAGUGAUGUGAAGUGGGCAUCUCGUUGGGAUACUUAUCUUCUGAUGGCUGAUGAUCAAAUUCACUGGUUCUCGAUAGUUAACUCUUUGAUGAUUGUUCUUUUCUUGUCCGGCAUGGUAGCUAUGAUCAUGUUGCGAACACUAUACCGAGAUAUCUCCAAGUACAACCAGCUUGAGACCCAAGAAGAAGCCCAAGAAGAGACAGGAUGGAAACUUGUCCAUGGUGAUGUUUUCCGACCUCCAGUUAACUCAGAUCUACUGUGUGUAUAUGUUGGGACAGGGGUUCAGUUCUUUGGGAUGAUUCUAGUCACCAUGAUCUUUGCUGCUCUUGGAUUCCUCUCCCCCUCCAACCGAGGUGGGCUGAUGACAGCCAUGCUCCUCCUUUGGGUCUUUAUGGGCAUUUUUGCAGGAUAUUCUUCUGCACGGCUUUAUAAAAUGUUCAAGGGAACAGAAUGGAAGAAGAUUACUCUGAAAACAGCUUUCCUGUUUCCGGCAACUCUCUUUGCCAUUUUCUUCGUUUUGAACGCUCUAAUUUGGGGUGAGAAAUCAUCCGGGGCAGUGCCUUUUGGAACCAUGUUUGCUCUGGUAUUUUUAUGGUUCGGCAUCUCAGUUCCUCUCGUCUUUGUCGGUUCUUACGUUGGUUUCAGGAAGCCAGCAAUUGAGGAUCCCGUGAAAACAAACAAGAUCCCAAGACAGAUCCCAGAACAAGCUUGGUACAUGAACUCGGCCUUCUCUAUCCUAAUUGGAGGCAUACUCCCAUUUGGUGCGGUCUUCAUCGAGCUCUUCUUCAUUCUUACCUCAAUUUGGCUUCACCAGUUUUACUACAUUUUCGGGUUUCUAUUCAUCGUCUUCAUCAUCCUCAUCAUCACCUGCGCCGAGAUCACCAUCGUGCUCUGCUACUUCCAGCUAUGCAGUGAAGACUAUCUUUGGUGGUGGAGGUCUUACUUGACUUCAGGCUCCUCAGCACUCUACCUCUUCCUCUAUGCUGCAUUCUAUUUCUUCACCAAGCUUGACAUCACAAAGCCAGUGUCUGGCGCCUUGUAUUUCGGGUACAUGCUGAUUGGCUCAUACGCUUUCUUCGUCCUGACCGGCACAAUCGGUUUCUACGCAUGUUUCUGGUUCACAAGACUUAUCUAUUCAUCAGUGAAGAUCGACUGAUCAUCAUCAUCAUCAACAAAUUAUUUGACUUUGUUUCUACACGGUAAGCGGAUAAUUCGUUGGUCGGGGACGGUACAUUUGGCAUGUCCUCCCGGAGCUACAACCAGAAUUAGGUUCAAUUUUGAAUCUUUUGAGGUCAUAGAUAUUGUUAUUCUUGUUAGCUUUCUCAAUACAGGCUCUCUUUGUCAGUUUCUAGCUCGUUAUUUUUCCUUGUUUAUUUGUUCUUAUUAUGCCCCUUAUUACUGUUAUGUACCAAACAUUUGUGAGAAAUUGUAUGCAAUCUUACUAUCUACAAUGCCUAAAUCAAAAUUAAAUUGGAAUUCUUUUUUGUU